CGUCGGCACCUGCACGGGGCGCCAUCCUAUCGGGCGAAUCGCUGGAUUCCUUGUCUCAGUGCAAGCUGGCGGAUGUGGAGAGCCUGACGUUUCACUUCCCCUCCAUCAAUGUAUUUUAAGUGAGAACGCAGCACGUUUGUGUGAAGGGCCAGGAAGGCGACACCAGCACCUACACGGGCAACGAAUUGGUGGGAGUUUUUUUUUUUUUUUCCUUCAGAGAGAUGGCAGAGAACAAACUUGGCAGUGGAGCUGGACUCUUUGCCAAGCGAGUGCAGAAACAGUUGAACCGGGCGCAGGAGAAGGUUCUGCAGAGGUUGGGAAAGACGGUCGAAACAAAAGAUGAGCAGUUUGAACAGUGUUCUCAAAACUUCAACAAACAGCAGAAUGAAGGUAACAAGCUCUUCAAAGACCUGAAGGCCUACUACAAUUCUGUCAAAGUCAUGCAUGAAACCUCCAAGAGGCUAUCAGAGUCCCUGCAGGAAGUGUAUGAGCCAGACUGGGAAGGACAUGUAGAGCUCAAAACCAUCAUGGAGAGUGAUAAUCUGCUGUGGAAUGACUUUGAGGAGAAACUCUCUGACCAGGCAGUGCGAGUCAUGGAAACAUACGUAGGCCAGUUCCCAGAAGUCAAGGACCGCGUAUCAAAGAGGAACAGGAAGCUAGUCGAUUAUGAUAGCUCUCGACAUCAUCUGGAGGCGCUCCAAAAUGCCAAAAAGAAAGAUGAAGCCAAAAUCAUCAAAGCAGAAGAGGAAUUUAAUAAAGCGCAGUCUGUAUUUGAAGAGAUUAACGCUGAGCUACGGGAGGAACUGCCUGCUCUCUACUACAGCCGGAUUGCAUGUUACGUCACAGUAUUUCAGAACAUUUCAAACUUGAGAGAUAUCUUCUACAAUGAAAUGAGCAAGCUCAACCACGACCUUUACAAUGUGAUGACAAAGCUGGAGUCUCAGCAUUCCAACAAGGUCUUUAUCAUCAAAGGUGUUCCCAGCAAAAGACGCUCCCUGAUGAUCUCUUCUCCAAUCCGGCCUGUAGAUACAUCCACUUCAUUAUCCGAGACCAGCAUGGACCUGAUCCAGAGCCCUGAAAAAGAGCCGCUAUCUCCAAUCAGCAAAGAUAAUGAUGAUGAAGAAAGUCCACCAGUAUCUUGUAAUGGUACCUCCUCUGUUCCCAUAGAUGCCGACAAAAAUACUGCACAAGACCAAUCCAGCAAAAACAUUCCCACCGUUGAAGAUGAAACCAAAGAAAUACUUGACGAGGAAGGGAAUGAGAUUGAGGAUGGAGAGACUUCUGGAUCUGCUUCUCAGCACCUUGAUGUCAUGAGCACUCCUGCUGAGACACAAACCAAAGCAGAAACAGCAAAUGGCCCAACAGACCUGACAGAUCCGGCACAGUCUGUUGAGAUAACUUCCCAGCCCACUGAAUGUUCUCCAUCAGAGGAGUGUGAUCAUCUCUUAAGUGAAGGUGACCCAAAUGAGCCAUCUAUGGGUGAUGACUGGAAUCAGGGUACAGCAGUGAUGGCCAUCCAACAGAGUGAGAUGCUUGAAGAGGAUCUAAAGGCUCAUACUGAAGACUCACCUGAAAAGUCAGAUGUGAACUGUGAUGAAAAAUUAUCUGAAUCAGAGACUCCUGUCCCCACUGAGGACUCUACAAUCUGUUCUGAGGAAAAAUUGACAGAGGAUGUGGAGGAUGGAACUGUGAGGCAGAAUGAAGGAGGGCAUCCACAGACAGAGGACAGGCCUCCAGGAUUCCUCUACAAGGGCCUUGCACUUAAGGAUUACCUUUCUGAGGAAGACGGACAACUGCAAUUGAAAGAAGGGGAUGUGAUUCUUGUUAUGAGCAACACAAAUGAGCUGCCAGAAGGGAUUCUGACCGGAAUGAAUGAAACUGACUGGAUUCAGCAGAAGAACCCAGACGACUACAAAGGCACUUUCCCAGCUAGUCUAAUCCAGCCACAAGCUCCAUGAGAGUCCUCACCCAAAGUCCUCCACCGAAAAAUGUAGCUUAUGCUUUGCCUGGCUUCAUGUUUCCUACUGCCUAACCAGCAAAGCCUGAGGAUGUAAUUCAUUGGUGUGUUCACUGUAGGUCCCCACCUUCACAGCCAUUUCUCUGUGCCUCCUAGGACUCUCCACCAGCGAAGCACUGUAGGAACAAGGAUUAAAGAAAGAUAGACAUCUUGGUUGCAAGUGAAAGAGAGUCUGAAGCCAGAUUCUGCUGCCUCUGCUUAAUAGCCCACCUCAAGUCCCCACAAGGCUUGAGCCUCAUCAUUCUGCUGACCUGGAAUCUGUUAAUGAACGACUCCGCGUCUCAAAGCCCUGUAAUCAGUUCCCGCACUCUGCACCGAGCCUUCAAAGCAAAAACACCUCUUGCCAACCGACGCGGUUAGCGUUGCUCCUCAGAGUGUCAGCUAACAAGCAGACGCAGUCUCUGGCUUAGCCUGAACAUGAAACGACAUUAGCGAAACGAUCCCGAGCUACACCGAGUCAUGCGUCCCAGAGGAUUUGGUUUUCUGCCUGCCACAUGAUGUCAUUCAUGUUAAGUGAAAACAAAAUAUUUGGAGUGGGGGAACAGCAACGUAUCGGUGCACUCCAGUUUUAAAUGUAUCACCAAACAGGCCUGCUGCUUAUUACGGGCCAGGCGAGGGGAAAGAGUGAUGGAGAUUGUGGUGCAGCCAACUUCAAACUGUCAGUUUUUGUCAUAAGGAUGCUUCUUGGGGUGUUAACUACACCUUUCCCUAAAUUAAUUAUUUCUUGAUUUUUUUUGUUUCCGCAAACAAGUACUUCUUUAUAUCAAUAAUUUGUAAUAAAGCUACACUACCUAGAGCUGUAAAAAUUAGUAAUUUUUAUGAGUGUUUUCAUUAAAAAAUGUCUGUUUUUUAAAUCA